AUGGAUUUAGACCAUGCCCUUCCCUCGAAACGGCGCCGGACGUCAAGCGAAGACUCAUUCUCAUCCAGAAAUUCCACGGCCGAACCAAGAUCGCACCUUCAGACCCUGCGCCAUUCAGAUUCCGCCCGUUCUGGCCGAGACGCGAGGAGAGGGAGAGGAUACUCGAGUUCCAGGAGCGGAGACGUCAGUCGCGAUGACACACCCAACUUACGGCGGCCAAGAAGUCGCAGUCGGUCGCGUUCCAGGAGGAGUUUGAGCGGGUCCCGAACCCCAAGUUCAGCGUACGAAUCUGGGCGAGAGCACCAGCCCCGUUCAAGAUCACGGUCACAGUCACGGCGGAGGUCAAGGUCGAGGUCAAGGUCGAGAUCCAGAACAUAUGACUCCUCGCUCGAUCACCCACGUUCACACUCUCGCUCCAGACUUCCGUCGGCAUCGCCCAUCCCUCGCCCAGCCGAAAAGCCCAAGUCUCUCACCUUCACCCCUCUGGUUACGAUCCCGCGUGCCCACGCUCGAGGAAUCACCUCCAUCAGAUUCUCCCCCGACAUGACUCUCCUGGCAACCGCGUCCGCCGACAAUGCGAUACACAUCUACUCCGUCCCCCCAAACCCAAUAUCCGAAACACCAUUUAAGCACAUCCGCACUCUACGUGCGCAUCUGGCAGGCGUCAACGCAAUAGCUUGGUCGCCAGUUGGGCCAUCCUAUACCCUUGCCUCAGCCGGCGACGACAAGUCUAUCCUCCUCUGGUCUCCCCUUUCAUCGGAUUUCCCAAUCGCGCCCUCGCCUUUAAUAGGUCACAGCAACUACGUCUAUUCCCUCGCUUUCUCUCCUAAAGGCAACAUGCUUGUUUCUGGCUCCUUCGACGAAGCAGUCUUCCUAUGGGACGUACGCUCUGGCCGUGUGAUGCGCAGCCUUCCCGCGCACUCUGACCCCGUCGGUGGCGUGGACUUCUUAAAAGAUGGUACUAUGGUCUGUUCCUGCGCCGGCGACGGAUUGAUUCGCAUAUGGGAUGCCGGGACAGGGCAGUGUCUCAAAACGCUUGUCGAUGAGGAUCGCAAGGCCGUUACGAGUGUCAGAUUCUCGCCGAACGGGAAAUUCGUGCUUGCGUGGACGUUAGAUAACUGUGUCAGGUUGUGGAAUUACAUUGAAGGGAGAUGUGUCAAGACGUAUCAAGGCCACGUGAACCAAGAUUACAAUCUCAGCGGAGCAGUUGGGACUUAUUCUUACAAAAGUGGGAGCGGACAGAGGAGAUUGGAGGCAUUCGUGGCAAGUGGGAGUGAAGAUGGGGAUGUCGUGGCGUGGGAUGUCACAAGCAAAGAGCUCCUCUGGCGGGGCAAGGGACACCGCGAUGUGGUUUUGGGGAUGGACUUUGGACGGACGAAGGAUGGGAAGGGCUUGCUCGUGAGUGGUGGGAAGGAUCGCGAUCUGAGGAUUUGGAUGCUCGAGGGCGACGACGAGGGAGAUUACGACUUCUUUACUACCACGGACAAGCAAGGCUUGGAAGGCCGCGACGAUGACAUGGACAUGGACAUGCAAAUGACAAUGGAUAUGGCCGACAUGGUCGACGGGCCAACCUCACGAGGCAAUCACGACAUGCACGGAGAUGCAGGCGGAGGCGGGGUCCACAGGAACGAUAUGGUCGUCGAUGGGUGA